GACAAGAAACAUUAGUUGAUUAUAAAGCUUUUUGUUAGGAGCAUAUUUUUUCCCCUUAUUUGAUGGACAAGAAACAUUAGUUGAUUUGAAAAGUUUUUGCUAGAGUAUAUUUUUUCCUUCUUGUUUGUUGGUCAAGAAACAUUUGAUUUAAAAAGUUGUUGUUAGAGCAUAUUUCUGAAACCACAAGAAAGCAAAUAUGACUUCCACUCCAUCCAUCCUUUUAACCGUCUUACUGGUUUCACUUCUCACUCCUUCCUCCGCCACAAAGCGCCACGUCAUCGACUUCCGAUCACCAGGCCUCUACCCGGAGGGACUAACCUGGGAUCCAUCGGGCCAGCACUUCGUAGUUGGUUCUCUCCACAGCCGCACAAUCCACUCCGUCUCCGACGCCGGCGUCGUACAAACAAUAAUCUCCGAUCCUUAUCUACCGGAAAAAGCUACAAUCCUCGGCCUCGCCGUUGACUCCGGUAACCGCCGUCUCCUCGCCGGAAUCCAUUGCGCGCCGCCUCUCCUUCCUUGCAGUACCCUAGCGGCCUACGAUCUCCGCAGCGGCGGCCGUCGAAUCUUCCUAUCUUCUCUACCGUCUCUCGACAGCGAAGACACCGUCCGGGACAUCGCGAAUGACGUGGCGGUGGAUUACGAGGGAAACGCUUACGUCACCAACUCAGCCAAAAACUUCAUCUGGAAAGUGGACCGUGACGGCGUAGCAUCGGUCUUCUCCACAUCGCCGUUGUUUAGCUCGCAGCCGGUGGCGGCAGACGCGGACGCUAGCUUCCGCGAUUGCGGCUUGAACGGGAUCGUGUACAACAGCAAAGGUUACCUCUUGGUGGUGCAGAGCAACACAGGGAAGAUGUUUAAGGUCGACGAAGAGACCGGGACGGCAAGGCUUGUGUUGCUGAAUAGAGAUUUGGUUGCGGCGGAUGGGAUGGCGAGGAGGCGGAGAGACGGGACGGUUGUGGUGGUGUCGCAGAAGAAGCUUUGGUUUCUUAAGAGCCAGGAUAGCUGGGGUGAAGGAGUGGUUUAUGACGAAGUUGAACUCGACGUGGAGGGGUUCGCGACGGCGGUGACGGUGGCGGGGGAGGAUAGGGUGUAUGUGUUGUAUGGGAGAGUGAUGGAGGGUAUUAUGGGAAGUUAUAAAGAUGGAGAAGCGAGGGAGUGGUUUGAGAUAGAAGAGGUUUUGUCGGAGAAAGAAGGUGGGUAUGAUAAGGUUUGGGUUUAUGUGUUGGUCGGACUUGGUUUCACUUACUUUUGUUUCUGGAGGUUUCAGAUGAAGAAGCUCAUCACCAACAUGGACAAGAAGAUCACUUAAAAAGCUUUUUUUUUAUUCCUCUUGAUAUUCCGUGUUUUUAACGGUUUUAAACUCGUUUUGGAGCAAUUAAAUGGUCGGUUUUAAUUAAUGUUUUGCUCUAUUUGAUGCGUUUUGGUGUUCUUAAGUGUAAUAUGCAGGUUACUAGAUAGCUUGCAAGAAAAGAACGCAUUCGGGAUUUAUUCAGAAGCAAGAUGGACCGAACAAUGGACCGAAUGAGAAGUAUUGAUCGCACAGGACAUAGAUCGACCGAUCCAUUGUCUCUGGAUCGACCGAUCCAGAGCUAAGAAGAAAAGCCGUGAAUUGUAGCGACAUGCGUAGCGACCAGAACUUGUCGCUACGGUUUCAUGCACUAGAUCGACCGAUCCGACCACUGAGGAUCGACCGAUCCCACGCUCUAUGGGCUCCACACGCACCAAUGAGCUUUUCACUCCUUUUUACCCACUCCCCUCAAUAAGGGACGAAAGAAAGGGACUUUUGGGACUCAAAAAAAGAUUAGAGACGACCAAGGAGGAGAUUUACAAGUUCUUGAGAGAGAUUUGAGAGUUUUGUAACUUGUUUUGUGUGAUUUGUGAAGAUUUGUAAAGGAGUUCAUCUCAAAACCAU